GACCCACUUCCCGAAUUUCACUGGGUCACUCCUUUAGAAGUUGUUUUUUUAAGAGGUUCAGUCCGAACUCGCGAGUUGUUCGAAAAAGUAACAGUUCCUAUUACCCAUCAUGGGGAAUAGAAUUUUGUACCUCAUAUUGUGUGUGAUACUAGUCAGUAGGGGGAUUUUCUCAGAAGAGACGAAAGAUAUAGACAUCAAGCAAGAUGAUGAUAAUGAUCCUAUUUUGCACAGCCUUCAUUCCGUACUUAUCAAUAAAAUGUCUGACGCCAGAAACACAGUCCUGCACGGUAGUUCAGCUGGCCAUAUCUUAGUUCUGGAUCCUUUUAAAAUGGAACCACUCACUCUGACAGUUCAAGAACCUAAAGGAUUUGUUAAUGUUUCACUUAAGAAAAUCUCAGUGGAGGGACUCGGAAAUUUUCAACUACGGGACAUCGUAACUAAUCUGGAUAUUUUAAGAACAUCUGUUCUUUUGAGAUUCCCAGAAGUCAAAGUGAUGGCCAGCUAUAAACUGAAGGGUUUCCUCAAUCCACCCUUCUCUCAGUCUUUAGUGGAUGAAGGUAUAUAUGAAGCCAAAGUAAACGAUGCAGUAGCAACUUGGAUUGGAAGAAUUGAACUGAAGGAUGCAUCUCAUUCUGGUAACGCCAUACUAUCAUUGAGUCAAGCUGCAUUUAGGACAUAUUGGAAUUCGGCAACGCAUGCUUUCACGUCCUUCUUGAAGAAAAACGAAGGAGCCUUGCAACAAGCGACAGAGCUCCUGCAGGCAGUCAGUGCUGCUGUAGUCGAAAAAGUACAAAAACUAGCGGAAGAAGGGUUAGAGCAGGCCAUUGCUCACGUCAUGGGACGUUCUAAACCAAGUUCCUGGUUUGAAAUGUAUCCACCUGUAGCUCCGGAUCUCACAUCAACCCUUAUUGAUCCAGAUUUUGAAUUACUAGAAGAAGAUACGUCUCCAUUUAUUACCGAAGCCAAACCAGAUGGUUCUACCAUUGACGGUAGGAGUCCACGUAGAAAGAGACAAGUUCCAUGCGAAAACGGUGAAGGCUUGGAUGAUUAUGUUGACACUUUGUUGCGUUUUGGAAGGCGUCUGAUUCGGUUCCAGGAGCCAAUUGCAUUUCCGAAUACCACAGUCAAGGUAGACGACAUGUUGACAGUAUUUAUAUACAAUGGUGGUAUCCGCGGAGUUUCAAAUUUAUCUAGAAGGAAGAAUGCUUACGUAAAAUGCACAAAUUCCACCACAACUUUGGGUCUAGUAGUCCGAUUGGAGAACUUGAGAGUAAAUUUAAAAUACAGAGUGUUACAAGAUUACAGACUUUUGCUGUUUAAUGGAGACGGAGAAACUCGUAUCAGAGAAGUCAUAGUUCUAGUCCAGCUCACCCAAAUUACUUCACCGACAGGAGAAAUAACUCAAAGAUUAGACAGGUUGAAAAUAUGGAAACUCGGUCACGUGACAGUGCGACUGAAAGGUUUGGGCAAUCUAACAUCAGCUCUGUCUAUGCUGAUCACCCAUCAAGUCAAUGAGGAUCCCAAAGCUGUUAUUCCUAUAGCUGAAGCUCAGAUUACUCACGUCAUCAGACAACAGCUCAAUAACAUCACCAUCCCGAUCUUCUCCAUCAUUUAAAACAACAAAACAAAACUCCCGUCAAAAGAAUGAAAUUUUAUUCUUGUGAUAUUUUGAGCUAUCUCAGCGACAUCAUUUCACGCUACCGAGCACACUUUCUUUUUGAAAGUAAAUUCUAUUCUAAUAAUCCAAGCAUCUGAAAUUUUGUUUUAAGCAUUUUCACUUGUCAACAAAAUUUAUCUAUGAUAUUUUAAAAGUAUAAAAUAUGCAUUCCUUAAUUGAUAAUUUGAAUUGGAUACUUGCCACUAUUCAUACGGCUGUAUCUAAUCACGUGCUUGUGCAUGGUGUUUUGACGUCACUUUAAAGCUUGGGUUUCGUUGAAUAAAUUUUCGAAUCAGAUACCUUCAGUCGUGACAUCAUUUGCAAGUAUCCAAUUUAAAAAGUUAUAAUUUAAUUUAAGAACACAUAACUUCUUUUUUAAAUAAAUUCUAUUUAAAAAGAGUGACUUGAAACAGAUUUUUAGAAAUUUAUAAACUAAUAGUGAGAAAAUAAAAACAAUUGGUCAUAAACAAUUGAAUAAAGAUUAUCAACUAAUUAUAUCAAUGAACCACAUUUGUGCUUGUUACAUUAAAUUUCUAUUUAUAUGUAAAGUAGGUUUAGAAAAUUAAUCUUAUUAUAAUUAAUAUACAUUUUAUACAUUUCUAUUAAAAGUAUAAUAAAUAGAAUGCUUAUUGAAAAAUUAUAUAUACAAAAAUAUUUUUGUGUAAAGUUUUUAUCAAUGCUAUUGCGAAAAACAUUACCAUAUUUAAGAUAUCACACAUCAAUUCAUUUCAUUCCAAUGUUUCAGUUUCUUAAAAAUAAAAAUAUUAUUCCUUCAUUAAUUGUCAUCAUAUCGAGCAUAAUCUUAAUUUAUAUUAUCAUUGUGUUUAAUUCAACUUAUUACAUUAAAAAGCAAUUAAAAAGGAGGAAAAUUAGUAUGUAUUUGAAUAUUAAUAUUACAUCUGGAAAAAAAAAUCAAUUUAGUUGAAUGUUUUGAUUGUAAAUAUGAAUUCAACUUUUUGAGUUGUGGAGCAUAUUGUAAUGGUUCAUCUAAACAUUUGUAUAAAUGCUUGUAAUAUAAACAUACUUGUGGUUUUUGUAAUGAAUAUUUUGUAAAUAAAUAAAUGUAAAAAUGAAA